AUGGGAACGGACAACCAGUACCUUGAAAUAGAUCCAAAUACUGGAGAACUUAAAGUCAAGGCCAGAAUAGACAGAGAUAAUGGAGUUACCUUCCUUGAUGACCUGACCUUGACCGUGACAGAUCUUGCAGGUCACAGUGCAAGCGUCAACUUGAACGUCACUGUGUUGGACAUCAACGACAACGCCCCCGAGUGUACACAGACUGUGUUCAAAGUCAACAUCACUGAAGGGGAGCCUGAUGGGUUGGUAGCCACGUUAUCAUGUUACGACAACGACUCCGGCGACAACAGAAAUUUUGUCCUGUCCAUCACUGACGGUGACGACCUUAACUACUUCAACCUGGUGGGGCUGGAGGUACACGCUGUCAGCUCCACCAUCGACUACGAGAGUAUCGACACUUCUGUUCCCUACAUCGUCACGUUAGGUGCCGUCGACCAACCCACGACCGAAGCUGCCAAAACCGGCGCUGUCACAAUCAUAGCUCAGAUUUUACCGGUCAACGAGUUCGACCCGACAUGGGUGUCUCCCGCGCCUGCAGGAGGUCAGUUUCCGGAUGUAACAAUACCUGAAGCAGCAGUGACGACGAGCAUCGUGACCUACAACGCUACCGACGAUGACGACGGUGACCAUGGAAAAGUCACUUAUAGUGUUACAUCAGCUACAACGGCCGAAGGCAGCGACGCCUCUAGUCUGUUCCUCGUCGAUCCUAUCGUCGGCUCACUCUGGAUGACGGCCACACCAGACGCCGACACAGAGACAGGAGGAACAAGCAGAUAUGACGUCAUCAUCUCUGCGAAAGACGGGGGUGAAAGGUCAAUCCAGGCCACACAGACCAUUCACGUGACCAACACCAAUGACAAUCCCCCUACCAUCUGGGCGUCAGUUUUUCACCAUGACAUACCCGAAGACACAGCUAUUGGCGACAUUGUGUUCACUCUUGAGGUCAAGGACAUCGACCUUGACACCGUGACGUCAUCAGUGACAGAGGGCGCUGAUUUGUUUAGCUUUGACGGGACGUCUGUGACAACGACGGGCAUUUUAGACUUUGAAUCUGUCAGAUGCCAUACCAUUGUGAUCAGUGCAUCUGACGGCCUCCAUGAUGUCAACGUGACUUUGACGAUCAACGUAACAGACGUCAAUGACAAUUCACCGGAAGUGACGCUUCACAGCUCUGUAUCUAUACCGGAAGAACUUCCGGUGGGGACUGUAAUUGGAGGGGUGUACGACGUCAUCGACAAGGACGACGACGACAGCUUCAGCUUUGCCGUCAGCGGUUCUCACAGCCAGUAUGUUGAGAUUGACUCGUCAACAGGAGAACUGAAGGUCAAGGCCAGGAUAGACAGGGACGGAAGUAGCGGAGUUACCGUCCUUGAUGACCUAACCUUAACUGUAACUGACCUUGCGGGACACAGCAGCAGCGCGAAUCUCAACAUCAGUGUGUUGGACGUCAACGACAACGCCCCAGAAUGUUCACAGACUCUGUUCAAAGUCAACAUUACUGAAGGGGAGCCGGACGGGUUGGUAGCCACGUUAUCAUGUUACGACAACGACUCCGGCGACAACGGAAAUUUUGUCCUGUCCAUCACUGACGGUGACGACCUUAACUACUUCAACCUGGUGGGGCUGGAGGUACACGCUGCCAGCUCCACCAUCGACUACGAGAGUAUCGACAGCUUCUGUUCCCUACAUCGUCACAUCCAGCCCCAGAACGAGCACAGUCCGGUGUGGACAACUCCACAGGUGUUCAUUUCUGGUAGCUUCCCUGACCUCACUCUGCCCGAGGACACACAAGUUGGCUCUGAUGUUGUCAAGGUCACGGCCGUCGAUGAUGACGCAGGCGAAGAUGGUGACGUUAUAUAUGAGAUUACGUCAGUGACUGAUGAAACUGGAGUUGAUAGAAGCAGUCUCUUUUUCCUGGACAAGUCGACAGGUCUUCUUAAAACAUCGGGCGUCCUGGACAGAGACCUAGCAACGGGUGGCGUUGAGUACUUUGAAAUCGCUGUAAAAGCCAGCGACCAAGGAACAACUCCCAACUCCAUAGCGACGAACCUAAAACUGACUCUGACAGGGGUGAACGACAACGCUCCCGUCUUCAGGAACGUUGCGGCAGAGGUGACGGUCAAUGAGACGGUAUCCCCAGGAACUGACAUCUACAAACUGGAGGCAGAGGAUUACGACGGCGACAGCGUCGACUUUCAGAUUAGAGGAGGAUCCGCCAUCUUGUUCCAGGUGGUAGGAUCUGAUCUCAGACUUCUACAGGAACUGGACUAUGAGACUCAACACUGCCACACUGUAGUGUUCAGUGCGACAGAUGGCACAUACACUGCAAACGUCUCCCUCACGAUCAACGUUGGCAACGUGGUAGACGAGGAACCUGUGAUAACGUUGAUCCCACCCCUGGUACUCCUCGAGGAACUUCCAGUGGGGAUGGGUGUGGGUGGCUUUCUAUCUGUCGAGGACCCGGAUGAAGGAGACAGUCUCACCUACAGUAUCUCAGGCACGGGGUCCGACUAUUUCACCAUUGACAGUUCCACGGGGGCGAUCAGCAUUGCUAAACGGAUUGAUCGAGACAUUCCAGGAAAUGUGACCCUUGUUGAUGACCUGACCUUGACCGUGACAGACUCUGCGGGCUUACAAGACUCGGUGGCCUUGAACUUCUCUGUGGUUGACCUCAAUGAUAACACACCUGUAUGCGGGGUCACUACUGGCCAGGUGACUGUGACGGAGAAUACAGCAUCAGGUGUUGUGUUGUCCGAGAUUACUUGCAAUGACGUCGACAGCGGUGACUUCAGCACCGUCGCGAUGUCCAUCGACAGCACCAGUGACCCUAAUGGUAACUUCCAACUGUCCGGCACUGAGUUGAUUUCGGGAGUUAACGCUGUCGAUUAUGAGGCCAGGGAAAGUACGGAUUACAUGCUGAACAUCAAGGUCUUAGCGAUAGACAAUCCCAGCGGAGACAUUCAACUCACAGCGACAUCUAUAGUCACAAUCAAGGUCCUCCCAGAAAACGAACACACCCCGGCGUUCACAUCUCCUGUCUUAGAUGGAAGCGGGUUCUUCCUAGACGUUACUGUGUCAGAGGACAUCACCAUGGGAACGGUUGUGGCGGCAUUCAACGCCACAGACGGUGACCACGGUGACGAUGGUCGGGUAGUUUAUGCAGUGACGUCCAUCAUAACAGAUUCUGGAGCCCAGGUACCUGGAACGUUUACAAUAGGCGCUUCAAGUGGCGAGUUGAGAGUUUCCGGACAACUGGACGCUGAUGCCGUCACAGGCGGCGUCAACUACUACGUCGUCAACAUCACUGCCACGGAUGCAGGCUCAUCCCCUCGCUCUACCCAUGGUGCAUUGCGCGUCUACGUCACAGGAUCCAAUGACAACCCGCCCGUAUGGAAUAUCACUGUUCUGGAAGUUGAUGUUUAUGAAAACGCCAGUGUCGGACAGGACGUCGUCUCUCUGAUGGCCGAUGACGUCGAUGGAGAUAUCGUGACCUUCAGCACUUCUGAUACCAAGUUCAAGGUUGACGGGUCAAUGUUGAAGGUCGACCAGCAACUAGACUUCGAACAAGAGCGUUGCCAUGCUGUUAUUAUAAGCGCCACUGAUGGUACAUACACAGUGAACCAGACUGUCGUGGUCCACGUCCUGAACUCAAACGACAAGACUCCUGUCGUCACGGUUACCAAGGUGAUAUACAUUCCGGAAGAGAUUCCAGUGGGGACGGACGUCGCGAGAGGCUACAUCGUUAGUGACGCUGAUGAAGGCGACACCCUCACCUACAGUCUACAAGGUGCAGAUAGUGGUCUUCUGGCAAUAAACAGUUCGACAGGGGAGAUCACUCUCAAGGAAGCGCUCGACUACGAGAAUUUAGCGUCGGUCAAUCUUGACGUUGUGCUUCUAGUCGGAGACCUUGACGGGCAUGUGGCGACUCAGGCGUUAGAUAUCGUCGUCAUGGACGUCAACGACAAUACGCCAGUAUUUAGCAAGGCAGUGCACAGCGUAUCUGUGGCAGAGAAUUCCACUGGAGAAACUCUACUGCUAACCCUCACUGCGACCGAUGCCGACAGUGGAACCAACGGUCAGUUUACAUUCAACAUCAGCGACGGCAACAACGACGGCUUGUUCAGACUUGACGGGGACGAUCUGUAUGUGCAAGUUGUGGAUUACGAAUCGGCAUCGUCAAUAGACUUCACGUACUCCUUGACGGUCACCGCCGUCGACCACGCAGCCGAUGCAAGAACAGGCGUCACCGUCGUCAUUGUGGAGAUCUACCCCGAGAACGAGUUCGCCCCCGUGUGGAGCAGCCCGUCUGUGGACGGUGCAGGACAUUUCCCUGGUGUGACCGUGGAUGAGGAUGUAAGCCCUGAUUAUGACGUUGUCACCGUUACAGCGACUGACGCGGACCUCGGAGAAGACGGUGAAGUGACGUACAGUAUUACGUCAGUUGUGUCAGGUACAGCGAAAAUGUGUACAACUUCGAGGGUCAUGAACAGUUAA